AUGUCUCUGUAUGCUGUAACCUUGUAUGUGAACCAGUUCCAGCAUGACAACGCCUGUACACAACACAAGCUCUAUAAAGACACAGUUUACCAGUCAUGGGUGGUGUGGAGCUCCGCCCCUCAAUCUACCCCCUGCGAAGAUCUGAACUGGACAGGAGUGUUCUGGUCGCCAUUUUAUUUUAGCUCCAAUCGACAGAUCAUGCUAGUUAAGGUGAAACUUGGGGAUGCCCAAAAAUUUGUCAAGAUAACUGAGCUGAGCCUGGAGGAAUUUUUGACUGCUGCAUUUUUAAAGUUUGGUGUUCCAUCUGUACCAGAGAAUGUAAUGGUUUUUGAUGAAUCAGGGACUGAGGUGGAUGAUGAUGUUUUUGAGGAUGUAGUCAGAUCCUCAGUCGGAGUCCUUACCAUAAAACAUGGAGCAGACUUGGGCUCUGCCUCUCCACAAGCCUCUCAUGGGCAGUCAAAUCAGUCCCUGUCUUCCAUUGACUCCAGUGACUCACAGGAUACAGUCAUUAUUGAAGAAAGCUCCUCCAGUAAACGAAUGAGGUUAGACGAUGAAGCUAAAAAGUUGGUAGAAACCAUUCUUGUCCAAAAACCUGGUGGGGAGCAUAUAAUAAAUGAAUACAACCGAACCAAGUCUCUGGGGGACGAAACAAGGAGGAAAAUGGUUAACAUCUUAACAGCUGACAUGACAGAAAAGAAUGGUACAUCACCACCAAAGCAGGUGAAAGAAAAAUAUGCCAGAGGAAUUGUGGCUUUGUUCCCUUACCUGAGUGACCCCUUUUCUAAAAAUGGCUACGACAAGGAACUUCUGCUGAAGCGGGGUCUGGUGGACCAACUGUAA